CGCCAUGACGUCGUGGCCUCCUCCCUCUAUAAAAGCUGUGUCCCCGCGAUCGGGAGGGGACAGUUAUAGGUUCGUUGGCUUAGGGUGGACGUUGUUAUCGUGCUCUCCGGCUGAGCCUAGCGGAAGUGUUUUGUCGGAUUUUAUUCGGAAUUGCGAAAAGUAAGGGGAAAUGGCCCGUACUAAGCAGACUGCCCGUAAAUCCACCGGUGGCAAGGCUCCACGUAAACAGCUGGCUACCAAAGCAGCGAGGAAAAGCGCUCCCUCUACUGGUGGCGUCAAGAAACCGCAUCGCUACAGGCCUGGUACUGUGGCGCUGCGUGAGAUCCGUCGCUACCAAAAAUCCACUGAGCUUCUGAUUCGUAAGCUGCCAUUCCAGAGGCUUGUAAGGGAGAUCGCGCAAGAUUUUAAGACAGACUUGAGGUUCCAGAGUGCAGCUAUUGGUGCGCUGCAGGAGGCUAGUGAAGCGUACCUGGUGGGUCUCUUUGAAGACACAAAUCUUUGUGCCAUCCAUGCCAAGAGAGUUACCAUCAUGCCCAAAGACAUCCAGUUGGCUCGUAGGAUACGGGGAGAGAGAGCUUAAAAAGGAGGCAGUUUUUAUGGUGUUUUGUAGUAAAUUCUGUAAAAUACUUUGGUUUCAAUUUGUGUUUUUUUUUUGUAUGAAAUUGUUUAUAAUAUGUUACAUUUGUACUUAAGUCAUUCCAUCUUUCGCUCAGGAUGAAUGCUAAAAGUGACUGUUCACACAAAACUCAGUGAUGUGAGCCUUGUUGCUCAGUAGUGACAAGUUGCUAAUAUGCAGAAGGGAUGGGUGAUCUUUCUUGCUUUUCAUGCAUGUUUCUGUAUGUUAAUGACUUGUUGGGUAGCUAAAAUUGUAAGGUACUAGAAUUGAUAUAAAUGUGUACAGGGUCCUUUUUGCAAUAAAACUGGUUAUAACUUGAUCCAAGUGUUUAACAAUUGGGGCUGUUAAGUCUGACCAUACAUCACUGUGAUAAGAGUGUGGACUUUGAGAAGGGUGAAAUUACAAGUCUUAACCACAGUGUAACUUACAGUUUCCUAAAGACGUGAACCUGGCAGCUAUAGAAUACACUAUGUGCAUUUAUAAUAGCUAUUUUAUAUAUUGUAGUGUCAACAUUUUUAAAUUAAAUGUUUUACAUUCA